AUGAAGCGUAAGGCCGAAGACCCUCCCCAGGGCCAACCGCCUCCACGUCGAAUCAAGAAAGAUGACCUAGCAAUCCUGUGCGAAAGGCACACCACGAGUAAGCUCUCGGCUUUCGAGGACCUGAGGGAGAUCACUACAUAUGGAUUUCGAGGCGAGGCGUUGGCCAGUAUCAGCCAGAUUGCUCACUUGUCGGUAACGACCAAGACAAAAGAUUCCCCAGUCGCCUGGCAGGCCAAGUAUCUGGAGGGCGCCAUGGUGCCUCAGAAACCCGGGAUGCCAGCUGAGCCGAAGUCAACCGCGGGCCGACAGGGCACCCAGAUCAAAGUGGAAGACUUGUUCUUCAACAUUCCCAUUCGUCGAAAGGCGUUUCGCUCUCCCGGUGAGGAGUUUACCAAGAUUAUGGACAUGACGGGUCGGUACGCCGUCCACUGCCAACACGUUGCCUUCUCCUGCAAAAAGGCUGGAGAUGCAUCGAUCGGUUUGUCGGUCUCGGCCAACGCCAGCACGGUCGAUCGCAUCCGGCAGAUUUAUGGAUCUGAUGCAGCCAACGAGCUCAUUGAAUUCACCCUUGAAAUCAACCCCCAGAGCGUCGAUGUCAAUGUUCACCCGACCAAGCGGCACGUCAAGUUUGAGCACGAAGAGGAGAUUGUCCAGGCCAUCUGUGAAACAAUUAGCUCCAAGCUCGCCGUCGUGGACAAGAGUCGAACCUUUAUGACGCAGACUUUGCUCCCCGGAAUCAAAGUGACGACUAUAUCCCCCAGCCCGACGGCGCGACACCUGGUCCGUCGCGUCAAACGCCAGGGCCAAGUGGGGGCAAACGGCGUAGAAAUUCGAACGAGCUGUGUCAAGGAACUCAAGGCAGAGGUGAGAGAGGAGAUGCAUAACGAGCUGACAGAUAUCUUUUCGGACCACAGCUUCGUUGGGAUUGUAGACGAGCAACGAAGACUAGCGGCCAUGCAAGGUGGCAUCAAACUUUAUCUCGUCGACUACGGCCACGUUUGCUACGAGUACUUUUACCAAGUCGGACUGACUGAUUUUGGUAACUUUGGAACCAUUCGGUUCACGCCUCCACUCGACCUUCGUGAGACACUGCGAAUCGCGGCAGAGAUGGAGAGCAGGAACUUGGGGGAUGGGGAGGAUGACUUUGAUGUGGAGGCGCUGGUUGAAAAAGUGGCUGAGCAGCUUCUUGAGAGGCGAGAGAUGCUCGCCGAGUACUUUGCCCUAGAGAUUUCCCCGCAGGGGAGCUCGUUCCUCCUUGGGCUCGGUCCCUCGGUGAACUGGAUGGACGAGAAGGCAUGCUUCGAGACGUUUUUGCGCGAGCUAGCUACCUUCUACGUCCCUGAACAGCUGCCCCAGCUCCCUGGAGACGAAGAGUCAGCCAGGGAGGAGGAUAUCGACGAGGAGGUAAAGGAGAGGAGAAGAAACGUUCGAUGGGCAGUGGAGCAUGUCCUGUUCCCGGCCUUCAAGGCUCGACUGGUGGCUACAAAGUCUUUGAUGGCGUCAGGGAUGAUGGAGGUAGCGGACCUCAAGGGGCUAUAUCGUGUGUUUGAGCGAUGCUAA